AGAGGAGGCCUAGUUUCUUGGCUCCAGCCUUUUCCUUGACAGGCCCUUUCAGAGACAUCCUCAUGCCAGCCUGGUACCCUAGCCUAUCUUCCCCUUCCUCAGAACCCCCCUCUCUCGAAUAUUCCCUGCCAGAAGCUUCCAGCUUCCUUUAUGAUUGGCACUCACCCGCUUGUGACGUCAGAGGUGUAAACCAACCAGCAGCCCCCGAGGGAGGCCCUUCCUUCUCUCCACAAGCCAGACCCCUCUGUCACAGCCUGGUGACUGGGUCCAGCUGGGUGGGGCAGCCUCUCGGAAGAGAGAGGGCAAGCCAGCCCAAGCGCUUCCCGACCGAGGACCAUCUGAUGAUUCACAGACACAAGCAUGAGAUGACUUUGAAGUUUACCUCAAUAAAAACAGACAGUUUGUUAACAGAUCAGACCCCGACACCCACAAGAUUCCUGAAGAACUGUGACGAGGUGGGCCUCUUCAACGACAUCGACUGCUCCCUGGAGCACGAGUUCCGGAAAGCCCAGGAGGAGGAGACCACUAAAAGGACCAUCCCGAUGCACAGUGUGGUUGGCGGAGCGAUGCCGGGGCCUCAUCAGCUGGGUGCCACCCGGAUGCCCAACCACGAUACCAGCGUUGUGAUCCAGCAGGCCAUGCCCUCUCCCCAAUCCAGCUCUGUGAUCACCCAGGCACCUUCCACAAACCGGCAGAUCGGGCCUGUCCCAGGCUCUCUAUCGUCACUACUGCACCUUCACAACAGACAGAGACAGCCCAUGCCAGCCUCUAUGCCCGGGACCCUGCCGAAUCCCACCAUGCCCGGCUCUUCAGCAGUCCUGAUGCCGAUGGAGAGGCAGAUGUCCGUGAACUCCAACCUCAUGGGGAUGCAAGCCCCCAACCUCAACAACCCCUGCGCAUCUCCCCAGGUGCAGCCGAUGCAUUCGGAGGCCAAGAUGAGGCUGAAGGCGGCCCUGACUCACCACCCCGCGGCCAUGUCCAACGGCAACAUGAACAGCAUGGGCCACAUGAUGGAGAUGAUGAGCUCCCGCCAGGAGCAGACGCCGCACCACCACCUGCACUCGCACCCGCAUCAGCACCAGACGCUGCCGCCCCACCACGCGUACCCGGCGCACCAGCACCAGCACCAGCACCCCGCCCAUCACCCCCACCCGCAAGCCCACCACCAGCAAAGCCACCCGCAUCACCACUCCCACCUCCACGCGCACCCGGCCCACCACCAGAGCUCGCCACACCCCCCCCUGCACACGGGCGGCCAAGCACAGGUUUCACCAGCGACCCAGCAGAUGCAGCCCACCCAGACGAUACAGCCGCCCCAGCCCACCGGGGGGCGUCGGCGGAGGGUGGUGGACGAAGACCCAGAUGAGAGGCGGAGGAAGUUUCUGGAAAGGAACCGAGCAGCUGCCACCCGCUGUAGACAGAAGAGGAAGGUCUGGGUGAUGUCAUUGGAAAAAAAAGCGGAAGAACUCACCCAGACAAACAUGCAGCUUCAGAACGAAGUUUCCAUGUUGAAAAAUGAGGUAGCCCAACUGAAACAGUUGCUGUUAACACAUAAAGACUGCCCAAUAACCGCCAUGCAGAAAGAGUCACAAGGCUAUCUAAGAAAGGAUUAACAAAGCCCCUAUUCAACUGCAGGAAGAGGGUCACGGUCAUGAAAAAAGUCUGAAAAUUGUCGUCUCCAUUGGAGAUGCUCUGCCCCCGUGCCUGGGAGGCUCUCUCUCCUCAUUGCUUCUUCUCAGAAUCCCUGACUCUUCAAGGUUCAACUCAAUUGCCGCCCAAGCCAGGCUUUUCUUGAUUCCCCCAUUCGUGUUUAUUGUGUGUGUUUACAUAUACUUGUAUGUAUCUGUAUCUGUACAUAUAUGUAUCAUACAUGCAUAUAUUAUUUAGUGUUUAGAUAUACGUGUAUUCUGUAUAUUCUGUAUUUACUUUUGUACUCCUCACAUUCAAUAGAAUGUAAGCAUCUUGAAAGCAAAAACUGACUCGCUUUUAUAUUUAUACCUGGAGAGUUCGACACAUAAGAGGGGACUUGAUAAAUACUUAUUGAUUGUUUGGAGAAGCAACGAUAAUGAGAAAAGACAGAAAUCUCCAACCACCAGCCCAGCACUGGAUAGCACUUAGCAAAGUAAAUCAAAAACCCGAUGCCAUAAUGGUCAGAUGAGAAAUUAAACAGAAGACCCAUCAGCUAUAAGAGAUAGUGUGGUGUAUUGGCUAGAGCAAUGAACUUGAAGUAAAGAAGAUUUGGGUUUGAAUUACUAAGGACUUAAAAACACUUCUCCUAUUCCACCAUGAUUCCAGAGGACAGACGGUGAAGAACGUUACCUGUUUCCUCUGGGAAGUAUUGAAUUCAAGAUGCAGAAAGAGACCUUCGUUUUUAGACUUGGCCAACAUGGGCAUUUCUUUUGCUUGUCUGUGCAUAUUGGUUGCAAGAGUUUUUAUUUGUUUUUUGUUUUUUCUGAGGGGGAAGUUGAAG